GGUUUAAAGGCUUUUAUUAUGAAAUGCGGCUCUUCCGGCGUUGCCUUUCUUUCAUAUCUGCCCGACAGAUGAAAAUAUAAAUGUUCGUUUCUAAAGCCGGGCUAAUAUCUGCCAUAUGAAGCAAGAUGUUUCUUAUUUCUUUAUCGAUUUUAAACCAAUUUGGAUCGAACUGUUAACCUUGUACAUCUAUUAUAAUUAUAGAUAGCUAGGGCCUAAUUUGUACUCUAAUUCCUUCUUUGGUUCUUAUAGCAGCAUAAAAUGAACGGAUUGUCCAUUAGCGAGUUGUGCGGCCUGUUUUGUUGCCCACCCUGUCCGAGUCGGAUUGCAGCGAAGCUGGCCUUCCUGCCACCGGAACCCACCUACACUCUUCUGCCAGACCUGGAGUCCAACUCACCUGUGACCUCUAACCUCGGAGCCCCGGGUUUGCGCUCCCGACUGAGCGGAGGUCGAGCAGGAGCGGGUGGAGCAGGCGUGGGUGGAGCAGGCGUGGGUGGAGCAGGUGCGAGUGGGGCAGGGGCGAGUGACGGAGAGUGCAGUGGAGAAGGCCGGUGGAAGUUGCACCUCUCCGAGCGAGCGGAGUUUCAGUAUUCUCAAAGGGAGCUGGAUGUAACCGAGGUCUUUCUCACUCAUUCCAGCCGGGGCAACAAAGUGGGAUGCAUGUACAUCCGCUGCGCCCCGUCCGCAAGGUACACUGUGCUCUUUUCCCAUGGUAACGCUGUGGAUCUCGGUCAGAUGAGCAGCUUCUACAUCGGCCUGGGCACUCGCAUCAACUGCAACAUCUUCUCCUAUGAUUACUCCGGCUAUGGGGUCAGCACAGGAAAACCCUCAGAGAAGAAUCUGUAUGCAGACAUAGACGCUGCCUGGCACGCUCUUCGCUCAAGGUAUGGAAUCAGCCCAGAGAAUAUCAUUCUUUACGGGCAGAGCAUCGGCACCGUGCCCACUGUGGACCUGGCGUCUCGAUACGAGUGUGCCGCUGUGGUGCUGCACUCGCCGCUCACUUCAGGAAUGAGGGUGGCGUUCCCGGACACCAAGAAGACUUAUUGCUUUGAUGCUUUUCCAAACAUUGAGAAGGUGUCUAAGAUCACGUCUCCAGUGCUGAUCAUUCACGGGACGGAGGAUGAGGUGAUUGAUUUCUCUCACGGUCUGGCCUUGUUUGAGCGCUGUCCGAAGGCCGUGGAGCCACUGUGGGUCGAGGGGGCCGGCCACAACGACAUUGAGCUCUACAGCCAGUACCUAGAACGCCUGCGUCGAUUCAUCAGCCAGGAAGUGGCUGCGCAGUAAACUCCUACUAGGUCACCAAUUCAGGAAACACCCUAACAACAUCACAACCGAGAACGACAGAUCUUACAGGCCCGGUGCACCUGGACACUUUGUGUCAGUAUAUGGUAGGCAUAUAUACUGUAUAUAUAUAUAUAAAUGGAACACAAACAAACAGAAUCCAGUUUUGGAAAGUUUGUUCUUCCGUAAAUUCCUGACUCUUUCUCUCCUGUCAGCCUGGAGCUGAGUUUUGUACUCAGAAGUCCUCACAUCUUCAGACUGAAAUGACAGAACCCGUGUGUGUGUCCGUCUCAGGAAGGGCCUAUAUUUGAGACACUUGCUUGCAGCUGAUUGGUUGUUUUGGAUUGUGAUUUUUUUGUGAACGGGACAAAUGCAAUGUCCUUUAAACUUGUGAACGUUAAUGUCGUUUCUUUUUUGUUUGGUCUCUCGUGGGUAAUCUGUUUUAUAUAUAACAUCAACUUUCCUGAGAGGAGCUCUCUGCUGGACAGAUCUUUUGUGCGUGCGUGUAUGUGCGAAUGUGUUUCUUAUUGAAACCUUCCCAUGUGUUAGUCAUCAGGCAUCUGAUAUACAUGACCACUCAAAAGUUUGGACACCCCUGACUAAAUUUAUGUUGCUCAUCAUCUUUAAAACCUUUUUUGAUCUAAUGAUUUGUGCUUUAAAUGCUUAAAAAUUGGUUUUAUAGAUGAAUAUCCGUUGUGCCUGUAUGAGUUUUUUUACACAAAUGAUGUCCGGGACACUUGGAACCUCUGAGGUGCAUCCCAGAUGUCCCGUGCAUCUGUAGACCUAUAAUCUAGGCGAAGUUCAGUUACUUUUAACAAGGUAAAAUAAAAGAUAACAUAAUUUUGACCAUCAUUUUAACAUGCAAAAUAGUAGAGACUGCUAUCCUGAUAAAUAAAUGUGUCCAAACAUUUGUCUGGUCAUGUGUAUGCCAAGAGAUGCCAUUUCUCCAUUUUUUUAAACAUCCGUAAAUUUGCUUCCCAGCAUGUACAAAAAUAUGAACACGCUGUUCUACCCCAAACACUGUUUUUAGGGACAUGUGGAGCAGGGCUGUGGCAAUAUAUCACGAUUCUUUAUUAUGCGAUACUUUUGAUACUUGUGUCAACAUUUUGUACGAACGCAUUCACGAAAUUUCCUACAGCCAAAAUAAGUGUGUCACGCCGCUCCACUUAGGUGAAGCACACGAGAGACAUUGAAACAGAUCCCUGGUCCAAUUAAUAUACAGUAUGUGUGAUGUAUGGCAUUAUGACGUAAGUUUUACAGUGUGUAUUGUAUUGUGAUAUAGUUGGCGAUACCCAGCUCUAAAAUGGGAACUUAAUUUGUAAAUAUGUUUCCUUUAUUCUACUUUUUUCCACAAACCGAAAUGUGGCAGAGGUACUACAUUUGGUCCACUGUGAACAUCCCACAAUGACAGGAACCUUCACACUACACCCGAAAGCGGCACCUAAACAUACAAGGAGCUACACCUGACACCCUCACUCUUCCUCACGUGCACGUUUUCCCCAGUGCUUUUUCUGUCAUUUCUUUCUCUCGCUGUCUCUGACAUGUUACGCCCCCAACCUUGAUGUAAUGGUGCAUAAAUGACCUCUGACCUUAACGCCCACGUCAACCCCAAACUGACAUGUGAUCGACAGUUUUCUGAGCCAUUUUUAGAACGGGGUCGUGACCUACCGUUGACCUCUUGUCUGUGUUUAUACGUGCGAGAGGAAGAACUGUGACAGAUUUUAAUACAACCGCAUGUCGGGUCAUCUAAACAUAUGACCUUUUUUGUGACUUUUCGCUAUUUCUAAUGGCAUCGCGGUUUGUAUAUUAAGCUAUUAUAGCAGUAAUUUCUCUGGCAAACAACUUCGCUGUAAUACAUACGCGCCUGUGUGUUCUAUGGGGGUAUUUAACAUGAACUUUUAGAUCUAUUUUUAUAAGGUUGACAAAUCUUUGCUAUAAUACGAACGAACCUUUCACUGUUUAAGAGACAUUUGUAAAGGCAUUGUUGUGUCUGUGUAGCUUAGACACGUACAGUAGAUUUACUUUUAGGAAUUGUUUAGUCAAGAAUGAAAAUUCUGGCGUCAUUUGCUCAUAUUGUUUCAAAAUUGCAUGACUAACCUUCUUCCGUGAAACAUAUGAGUUAUUUGUGCUUUCUUUAUUUUGCUUUCGCCCAUACAUACAAAGAAAACAAAAAAAAUAUUCAUAUUUGUGUGCUUUAUUCCAAGACCAAAGCUUUGAAGACGUCCCCUGGUCACUGUAUGCUUUUAUUACACGGGCAAAGCACUUUGUAAACGUAAUAAUCCCAUUUUAUGCUUUUUACGGAAUAAAGUUAAUCAUUUUUGGGACAACAUGAGGACAAGUAAAUGACAAUUUUCAUUUUUUUUGGUGAGCUGUUCCUUUAAAGGGCCAUUCCACCUAAUGCACGUGUUUUCUCUGAUGGCUGUGGUUCCUAAGACAUGUUUAAUACACUGGUUUAUGGGAAAGUGCAGUGUGUACUCAGGAAAUUAAGUCACUUUUUAAUUUUUUUCAUUAGGGGAAACAUCAGCUGACAACACACAUUUAUUCCCUUAAUGCAGCCAGUAAAAUAUGUCAUGCUUUUAUUGGUCUUAGGAACCGCAGAUGACAAACAUAUUCAUAUUCUUCUACAUAUUUCCAUUUGUGUCAUAGCAAGGGUUAAAAAGAGCUGGUUUGCCCCUCUUGUAUGCAUGUUAUAGGUAGAAUAUGUAUCGAAAUGAAAAUGGACUAAUUAUAGCGCAGAAAUGUACUUGUAUAUUACGACUCUCCGAGAUGAAAUAGUUAACUUAAGCCUAAUAUAUGAAAAGGAUGUUAAGAUGUGUAUUUCUUUUGCAUUUCUAGAGCUUUGUGUAAAGGCUUCGUAUUUGCAUCCUAAACGAUCCAGCACUAAUGUUCAACCUUUGACUGUGAGAGCUGGUCACUCCCCCCAGAUUCACACAAAACUGAUCAUUCAAAGGGUUUACACUGACAUAGCACAGACAUACGACUGACUCCAAAUCAGCUGCUCUGAAAUACUGUAGGACGAUUUUGUAUAGUGAUGAAGCUGCGUCUAUGUCAAGGUCUAAAAGAAAAUUACUGUAUAUUUCCAAUUACACAUCUGUAUAAAGAGAAUUAUUGUGUGCCCCCCUUAUGAUGUAAGAUGCUUUGUGUGUUUUGGGUAAGAUGUGAUGUACUGUGGUCGAGUAAUAAAGGAAAGUUUAAA